CACGGCCCACCACAGCCUGACAAAACAAUCAUUCGCACGCAGGGAUAAAAAAACAGAGUAAAAACCCCGUUAAUGUUAGUGAUGCGUCUCUCUAAGUCUUCCUCUUGUGUGGGAAAAAUUCAUGUUUGCUGGAUCGGGCUGGGGACGCCGGAGGGACGGGCCAAGACAGUGCCGAACCAGUGCUGAGCCAGUGCUGUAAGGGCGGCGGUCUGCUAGGGGGACUGCGUGAGCGUGAGCCUUGGUGGAGGGGCGUCGGCUCCCUUUCAAUAGUGCUCUCUAAGGCCACGCCCCCCGGGGAACAAUACCGCCACGGGGAGCUACCAAAGGGGCGGUGCUAAGGUCCCAGGGCGGCUCUCAUUGGUCCGUGAUGCAGCGUUACGGCCCUUGAUUGGUGGAUGUUGUCAAGUGGGCGUGGUCUUCUGUCUGUGUACCAGGUAAUUGGCCACCUGUGAAGGGGUGCAGGCCCCCGGGGGAGGUGAGGAAGGUACAGGCGUGGCGAGGACUCCAGUAUCCUUCGUAGCAUUAAGGUGACCUGACUGACACUCCCCGGUGGCCUGCAGGUGACCCACACAACACGGAUGGACUAUUAAUAUCAGACACAGCGGCCACGUCUCUCUAUCACAGCCCCGCCGCAGCCAGGACAGGAGAGGCCCCACCCAGCCACGCCAUGGACGGCUGUUACGUCCCCAACAACCCCGCCUACAUAGACUGCUGGCGGCCGCUGUCCCCAACAUGUGGCCAGGCGCACAUCCUCACACCCCUGCGCCCUCUAGCUGCACAGAGUCCGCCUCUCCACCCUCCGCCGGCGUAUCCUCCUCCCCGGUCGCCGCUGCCCCCCGCCAUCUCCACCGUCACCACCACCGCCGCCGCGACAGAUGAGCUUCUCCCCGCGAGGACGCCGCCAGACCCAAACACUGACCCCCUCUACACCGGCGGCCUCCAGACCCACUCCAGCCUCGUGCCCACCUCCUUCCCGCCGCUCUUCGACCUGGAACCUCUGCCUAACUUCGUCACCUUGUCCCCACACGCGCCCUACAACAGGGAGGCGAGCAGCAUGCUGGGCAAGGAGAAGGGUGACCACAUGGCCGACGUCCUGCUGUCGCUGAAGCACGCUGUGGUUCACCCUCAUCAGGUGGGUGACUCGCCGCCCCCCGCCCCCCUCACGCCCCCCCUCGCCUCCACACACACGCCGCUCCCCUCCACACACACGCCCUUCACAUCCACACACUCGCCCUUCCCCUCCACUCACACGCCCCUCUCCCACAUGCCUCUCCCUCCCACCCACACACCCCUACCCCCCUUCCACCCCCCGCCGCCCUACUCCCCGUCCUCCUACCCCUACCACACCCCCGCCUACCUCCCCCUCGCGCCCCUCUCCGCCCCCUCCCCUCCCCCCGACACCGCCCUCACCGAGCCCAUCCUCCCCCUGCCUUCCAUCUCCCCUCCCUCUGCUCACCUCCCUCCCCACACCCCCCUGGGUGAGCCCGUCUCCCUCCCUGAUGCCGUGGGGGGCGCCUCCUCCCCUCCCCACUCCUCCGAGCCCUCCGUCCUGGGGGGCUCCGGUGCCUUGUCUUUCGGAGGCAGCUUAGGUGGCGGUCUUGGCUCUCUCGGGGGCAGCCUCAGCCUCGGGGGCCCCCUGCCCUCUAUGGGGGUCCCGGGGUACUCUAGUCCCAUCAGCAGCUCUAUGAACGGGUCUCUUGGCGGGCCGCUGCUCCCUCCGCCGCCGCCGAUGUCGCCGUACCCGUACCAGCAGACGCAGACCCUCCCGAGCAUGAUGGGCGGCAUGGGCGGAGGCGGAUGUUACUCCACCGCCGGCUACCAGGAGACCCCCAACGCCUACUCGUCCCCCGCGCCCCCGCCCCACGUGUUCCCGGCCAUGAGCGUGAACGUCUCUAUGAACAUGACGAUGGGGGUGUCCAAUGUCAACAUGGGAUACUCGCCUGACCAGUCCCUCCAGCACCAGUGGUCCACCGGCUGCGGGGCUCCCCAGGGCUCGUCUCUGUCCCCAGUGGGAGGAGUCAGCUACCCCCAGCACUCAGCGCCCCCCGGCCUUGUCAGCCCCCUCCCUAUGUCCUACAGCGGCGCAUGUAACCAGAGCUACGGCGUCGGGACCUAUUCGUGGAGCGGCGACCUGCGGACCGAUCACCACACCAUGCAGGGGCUGGAGCGGGACCUGUACCUGCGCUCCCCGCCCCUCCGGCCCCGCCCCGCCUCCCCCUGCAUGCCGCCCUACCACCACACGCCGCCCACCUCCCAGUGUGGGCAGUUGUCUCCUACACUCAAUGCCCUGCGGCGACGUCCCAGCGUGGGGGGGAUGGUGAGCAUGUCGGGGAUCUCCUGCAACACCCUGGACAUCUCGAAGCCCCUCCUCAGCGACGGCCUCAAGCCCAACCUGUGUAGGAUCUGCGGCAAGACGUACGCCCGGCCCUCUACUCUUAAGACCCACCUGAGGACACACAGCGGGGAGAAACCGUACAGGUGCAACGACUGCAACAAGUCCUUCAGUCAAGCCGCAAACCUGACCGCUCACGUGCGAACUCACAGCGGGGAGAAGCCGUUCCGCUGCCCCAUCUGUGACCGCAAGUUCUCGCAGUCGUCCUCCGUCACCACGCACAUGAGAACCCACUCCGGAGAACGCCCGUACCGCUGUCGCAUGUGCAAGAAGGCGUUUAGUGAUUCCUCCACGCUGACCAAACACCUCAGGAUUCACUCCGGGGAGAAACCGUACCAGUGUAAGCUUUGUCUCCUCCGCUUCUCGCAAUCCGGAAACCUUAAUCGCCACAUGAGGGUCCACUCCCAGACGUCUUGAGGCCGCCGCCCGCCACAGCCUCCUCCUCCUCCUCCUCCUCCUCAGCCUCCUCCUCCGCGACCCCCUCCUCCUCCUCCUCCUCCUAACCCAACUCCUCCUUUUCUUCACUUUCAACCUCUUCCUCCUCCUCGACCUCCUCCUCCUCCUCCUAACCCAACUCCUCCUUUUCUUCACUUUCAACCUCUUCCUCCUCCUCGACCUCCUCCUCCUCCUCCUAACCCAACUCCUCCUUUUCUUCACUUUCAACCUCCUCCUCCUCCUCCUCAUUCUUCUUCGUAUUCUUCUUACCCUUAUCCGUUUUCUUUUCCUCCUCCUCCUUUUCCUCCUUUCUCUUUUGAUUGUCCUUCUCCUCCUCCUCCUCCUCCUCCUUUUCCUCCUCUCUCCUUUGAUUCCACACCUCGUCCUCCUUCUCCUCCUCCUGCUACUCCUCCUUCGCCUUCUCUUUCCCCUCCUUUUCUUUCUUUCCCUCCUGACUCUCCUUCGCUCCAGUCGCUGAUUUCACUGUAGCUUGUGCCACCCCCCUCACCCCCCCCUCACCCCCCCCUCACCACCACCACCACCACCACCCCUAAUACCUCUGUAGUUGCUUUUGUAUCCUUUUUAAUGCUCUCAAUAUCAUCCUGUUUAUCUUUUAUCUCUUUACCUAUUAAUUUAUUUGUUUAUUUUUUAUUCACCUGUCUGGUUCCUGUUUUGAUAUUUGUUGUUAUUAUUGCUAUUAUUUAUUAGCAUCGCCAUUGUUUAUUGUUGUUUAUUAAUAUUUUUGUGUAUUUAGUUAGACUUCAGAUAUUAGCUUUUUACAGUGUUGAUAUUUCGGCCUAUCCUAAACGUAUAUAUUUUUCCCCCCAUUCAGCAUGUCAUUCACUUUUUAUGCUUUUUUUCAAUUUCUUAAUCUCUGUUUUUUUUUCCCAUUCAAUGUAUUAUACACGUUUUUUGCCAUUUAUUUUUCUCUCAAUCUCUUUUUUAUUCAUUCAUUCAUUUACAUAUUUUUCCCCCCGUUCACCAUGUCAUUCACUUUUCAUGCCUUUUUGUGUGUUUAUUUUUACCCAUUCAAUAUAUAAUACACGUUUUUUUGCCAUUUAUUUUUCUCUCUCAAUCUCUUUUUUUUUCAUUCAUUUAUUUAUAUUUUUUUCUCCCGUUCAUCAUGUUAUUCACUUUUAUGCUAUUUUUCUAUAUCUUAGUCUCUGUUUUUUCCCAUUCAAUAUAUUAUACACGUUUUUGGUCAUUUAUUUUUCUCUCUCAAUCCCUAUUUUUUUUCCAUUCAUCAUAUCAUUCACGUUUUUGCCAUUUUUUCUCUCUCAGUUUUUUUCUCAUUCCCCAUGUCAUUUUUGUUUUUGCGAUAUCUUUUUUAUCUGUCAAUCUAUUAUUUUUCCAUUCAUGUUUUAUGCUAACUUUUUUCUUUUUCUUUCACUCUUCUUUAUUUGAUUUUAUCCGUCCACGUUAAAUCAUUUCAUCAUCUUCGCUUGCUUCUCGUUUCUUAUUAAUUUUCUGUUUCGAGCAUUUUUCCCAUUUUUUGUUGCUGUUGGUGUAUUCAGUGACUCAUCCUCUCCGCCAUCACAUUGCAUUUUCACGUAUUUUUUUCCCACUACCGAAUGCAGCUUAACACUAUUUUUUGUUUGGUCGUAAAACAUUAGAGUUGUGAGUUCAGUUUUUCUAUUUAUUUGUGGGAUAUUUUUCAUCACCCCAUAUUUAUUAGUUUAUUGAUAUUCAGUUUACGGGAGGUUAUUAUUUUUUUGCGGGGUUUACAUUCAUUAGUUUUUGUUUUUAAUCUAAGUUUGUUUUUUCCUCCUUGUCAUUUCGUUUCCCUUAUUAUUAUUACUACGAUUGGCAUUUGUCUUUUCUCUCAUCUAUAAAAUACAUGCUCUAGAAUUGCACACAAAAUCAAGAACUGAAUUUACUCUUUAAAACGCGUGAAAAUAUUACUAGGAGGUUAUAUUAUUUGCUUUAUUUAUCUAUGUAUUUAUUGAUUCAUACCUUUAUUUACCUAUUCAUAUAUAUCAUUCAGCUAAACUUUAAUUUUGCAUGGUUUCCUUCUUUUUGUGUAGUUUUCAUUUGGUUAUAUUCUUUGCUUUAUUUUUCUGUAUAUUUAUCAAUUUAUUCGUUUUUUUUUACCUAUUUAUUUAUUUCAUCUAGUUUAGCCUUUAUUUUGCAUCCUGUCCUUCUUUUCGUGCCUGCUUUCUAUCUGUUUACUUAUUAAUUUAUUCGUUUAUUUACCUAUUUAUUUAUUUCAUUUACUUUAAGUCUCAUUUUGCAUACUUUCCUAAAUUUCGUAUCCGCUUUUCAUUUGCUUUACCGCUGCACAAUGUCAUUCCCUGCCUGCCCAGCGGCCUUCAGAGCUUCACUACCUGGUGUUCCCGCGAGUAGUGCUUUUUACCUUACCUCACCUGGCUUGUCCCGUGCCGCUCCCACCUCACCUCCCGCCCCUCAAACCUACCUGCCAACCUUACCCCGAAACCUCCAUAGUGAUCUGCCCUGCCACCACGCAACCCUACACACACAUACACACAUACAUACAUACACAUACACCUUUUAUUUUAUAGUUCCUUCAAUUUCUGGAACUAUAUGGUGAAAUGCGAUGAGAUACGAGAUAUUACGAGCUUAACUUAACCAUAUGAAGAUAAAUAUACGAACACAUACACACACACACACACACACACACACACACACACACACACACACACACACACACACACACACACACACACACACACACACACACACACACACACACUAUGACUGUCAGAGCAGAAAAUCAAUAACAGUGUUCCCGUCCGCUCGGGGGAGGAGAGGGGGCGCCAGAAGGAAGGGAAAGCCCGUGAUUGGUGGACGCAGGGAGCCUCCACAAUUCUCUGCUCCCAUUGGCUGCCACCCUUCGCGUCUAACCAACCGGUGUAGCGAGAAACGCGUCCCUAUGUCAGGCUCGCGGAAAUGUUGUAAAUAUGAUAUAGAAGAAAAAAGGAAGAUAAUGAUAAAAUAACGUUACCCUAAACCCCACUUUUUUAUGUUUUGCUGGAGUUGUGUAGUCGACGAGGACGCUGCCGAAGAGGGACAGUUCUUCGCGUGAUGGGCUGGCCACGACGCACCCAUUCUUUCGCAUAAAAGUUGUAAUACUCAGGAUACAGGAAUAAGGGGGCUGCAACAACGACCAUUUUUCAUAAUAAAAGACUAUAAAUACUGCAUGUUAUAUACCAAAGAAGAAGUGUAACUAUUAAUAAUAAAGUUAUGCAUGUG